CAGUGCGCUAGGAUGCGGCUUUCGCGUGUCUCGACAUGGCGGACGGCAAAUCGACUGCGCAUGCGCGCAGGGAUGCCUUAAUUCGGGUUAAUCGCGUUUAGCCGGAUAGUGUUAGCAAGAUGUAUAAAUUCCGCCUCAGUUAAUCCAGAAGGUUUAUGCCUGGAAAAAAAACAAUGUGAAAAUAAAGUGUGUAAAGCACUGAGCCAUGGCCAGAGAAAGAGCAGCUUUCUUCAGCCCGUUCGAGCAGGAGAUCAUCCUGAAGACUUUUGAGGAGUACAAAGCCAUCAUCACGGCCAAGUGUAACACCGCUGCUGCGGCCAAAGCCCGCGUGGAAGCCUGGCAGAAAAUAGCCGACAGGUUAAAUCAUGCCAACCCUAACAACAUAAAGCGUACCUGGCAGCAGGUCAAAAUUAAAUAUAAAAACAUUGUGCAAUGUGCGAACAGGAAACGGAAGCAGAAGUUUGGUGAAGGAUUAGCGACGAGUGGGUUUUCACCCGCCGAAGAGGUGGCGCUUUGGCAGAUCCGAGGACGGCCGGUGAUAGACGGGACCCUUUUGGGCCUUUCCUCUGAGCAGACCGGCGUCGGUGUUGGCAGACCCGUAGCUACAGAACCAGAAAGCUCUGCAGCUCUUAUACAGACCGUGCCCACCAUUCUCGAUUGUGCAGAAGAGCCGGCUGAGCACUCUGACUCAGAACACGACGAGAAGAACAUUGUGGUGUGUUCUCAUCCAGAAGAGGGGACUGAAGCGUACACAAGUCAGGAAGAUCCUGGACCUUCUGGACCUGCUGAUGGAGAUGGAGAGAGAGACGAGGAUGUGACGGCGCUCUAUAAACGUUACCUCAGACAGGAAAUCGCUUACCGGCAACUGAAGAUGAAGAAGCUCGAGAAGGAGAUCCAGCUGCUCGAUAAACAGCUGGAUGUGAGUUAGGUCAGUCAGCUGGUUGUCAGUAGGACUGAAAUGAAAUGAACUUUGUGUCAGAGAUACUAAGUGUUUAAACAACCAGUUCGAUUCAAAAUGGCCGCCUCGUAUAAGAGACUCCUCCAGUCCAGCAGACACGGACCUGGCUUUGUGUGACCGUUCCUCGAGCCUCGCCGAGAUGGCCGCCAUGUGCACAGACUUCUCUAGAAAGACCUUAUCAAUAGCACUGGUCAUAAAGUGUUUAGAUUUGUCUUCUAGGCAUUGUUUGAGUCGUUCGUCUGUAGAUGAUUCACGUUAAAUUAUAUAUUUUAAAUGACAUGUUUUAUUCUUAUUUAAUAUUUUAUUCUUAUUUUCCUUUUUUUAUUUAUUUUUUUUUUUUUAAAUUUCCUGUUCCUUUUUGUUAGUCCCUUUUUUCAUUUUGA